UACUCUCAACAGUAGAUCUUCUUCAUUCCACAACUGGUACUCUCUCUUUCUCCACCCUUUCUCUCUCAUAGAUCUCGUGGAAGGGAGAGAGAGCAUCGAGUUCCUGGAAUUUCCCGCGGCGAUUUAUCCAGGGUGACGUCGGUCACAGAUCGGUAAGGAAACCCUAGGUGGAGUGAUUUCGUUUGCUGUCGUAUCAGAAGCCAUCGAUUUGGUGGUUGCCUGGACAAUUUCCCCGAAUUUGAUCUAGGUUAGCUUUCCAGAGAUUGGGUUAUUUUUUGUCAUUCAUGCGGCCACUGAGGGAUAAUGAAGUUGGUGAUAGAUGAUGCCUCCUUGUAAUUAUUGCUGCUUCUGUUUGUGACCUUGUUAAGUGAUGGUGAUCCUUCAAGCUGAGAUAUUUAUUGUGAUUACCUCUGGUUACGAAUGUUACUGAAAAUUCUGCAUAUAUGCUGGAAUUUUGAAGCAUGAUUGCUCCCCAAUUAAACUAUUGUUCAGUUGAACAUUAGAGAAACCGCAGCUUCUUGGUGUAAAUAGCAUUCGAACUGGUAUUUCUUUAAUACAUUGGGUGGGGGUUUUUUAUUUUGUGUUCCAAGAUGGGGCAAAAUUGUUGUGUUGCUGCAAGAGACAAAUCCUUGCCUAACAGGAUUAGUCAUGAAGCUUCUACUUAUAGGAACGUUAGACAAUCUCCAACUUGGAAUUUUCGGUGGGACAAUAGAACUCACAUAGAGGACAUUAUGGAAAACCAUGCACGUUAUUCUCAUAAUAACAGUGGAAAUGUCACCUCUGAAGUUAAGAGUGUGGCAGAUGCGGAAACUGAUGGUCUUUCUGAUAGUGAAACUCCAUGUAAAGCUUUCCAGACAUUCCAGGGGAGGAAGUCCUUUCGAAGUGGAGGAUCCGACAACACUAAUUUCAUUGUUACAGAUCAAUCCACAGCAAGCAAUUCAUCUCCCGAGGCUAAUGGCUCACUUAAAUCAUCAGUUUUACCGAAUGCAUCCGACAUAAAGUCCUCAAUUACUAUUCCUUAUUUAUCUCCACCAAUCAAGGUGGAAGAUCCUUCAUCUUCAACGACUAGCUUCACCACAUCUGACCCAACUUCUUCAAGAAAGUCCAUUCGCUCUCAUGGGUUUCAACUCUACAGACAAAUCUCUGAUAGCAGGAUUCCAUCUCUCAAGUCCCUAAAUGAAGGCAGCAGUUCUCCCGAAGCAGGAAGACUCUCCUUUGCGUUUGGCAAUGAGUCAUCAGCUCUAGAAUCUCAUGGGGUUUCUUCUGAUGGAUGGUCAAUGCGGACAUUCUCGGAGCUCGUCGCCUCUUCUCAAAGAGAAAGAUCAUCAUUCGAGACUGAAAAUCUCAAGAUUUUUGGAUCAAACUUGCAGCCUAAAGGUAACCAGUCACCAAAUCUGCAAGCAUGUGGUAUAUGCUUGAAGUUACUGAAGGAGAAAUCUCCAUGGAGCACUCAAAAGAUAGUCUCUACAAAUGAUCUCCCUAUAGCUGCUGUUCUGGUUUGUGGUCAUGUAUACCACGCUGAGUGCUUAGAAAGCUUAACAUCAGAAACUGACACAUACGACCCGCCUUGCCAAGUGUGCUCAAAUAAUGUUGAUCGACAGGUGUUGAAACCGCCUGCGGCGCAUGAGCUGAAGGGAAGAAACAGGGUAUCUCGAAUUGCAGUUUUUGAUGCAGAUGUCGACGGAGACUCAAAUUCGGAUCGCAGGUUGAGGGGCGGAAAGCUUCCAUUUAUGGGAGCUAGUUCCAGCAUGAAGAGCUCCUUGAGUAAACAAUUUAGUGGAAAGGGUGCUUUUAUGGGAACUAGUUCCGGCAUGAAGAGCUCCUUCAGUAAGCCAUUUCUUAGACGGCAUUUAUCAACUGGGUCGAGACCGAUACGUUCAGCAUCAGAAAAUGAGAAGAAUAGAAAGAAAUGGUAUUGGCCGAGAUAUCUUAGAGAAUGACCGUUCACCCGCACUUAAAAGUUGGAAGAGGUGAAACUACAGCUUUAGAGUUUACUGCAUUUUUAGUUUGAUAAAAUAUAAGAGCUCUUUUCUUUCAGAAUCAGCUGUGCUUCUCUUAUAAUGAAUUCUCCGCAUUCUUCAGAAUGAUAUAAUCUUUCAUUCCUUGCAUUUCGGUGAUAGGCCAUACAGUUUAGUUUUCAAAUUUGUCUUGAACUUUUUUUGUCAAUGUGAACAAGCCUACUAUUAGUUUGGAAAGAUAUUUUGGCAUUUUAUGCUGCAUGUAGAGGAAAAAAGUGGAUCAAUUAUGAUAUCACAUAAUAAUAUGCAAGAUAGGAAUCAAAACUACUGGUUUUUUUUUU